AUGAAAACGGCCCGCGAUACAAAAGGACCCCCCUUCCAUGUGACUUUUGAAUGUGGGAAAAACUUUCAAACCGGCUACGAGCUUAAAAAGUACCAGCGCACUCACAGUGGCGAGAGACCCUACAUGUGCACUACAUGUGGCAAAACUUACACUCAGCUCGGACACCUCAGUAUCCACAUAUUAUCACAUCAAGGCAUCAAGAACUACAUCUGCGGUGAUUGUGAUGCAGCAUUCAACCGGAAGGCGAACUUGGACCGUCCCGAAAAGAUACACAAGGGUAUCAAGCCCCACCAGUGCGAGAUAUGCUCAAAGAGUUUCACCAAAAAGAACAAUCUAACUAUGCACUUCAAAAUGCAUAUUGGGGACAAACCUCAUCAGUGA